AUGACACAACCCGAUUCCAUACCACCGCUCGCCCCCUCUCUCAGCGACAAACUUCCCAAACUCAUCCCCCGCGAACGAACGACGCCAACGCGAGAACCGCCGUCCGCCCCUCCCCCGCCAACACCUCCUCUACCCGCGCCGCCAAACCUCGAGAACCACACCUACAUCACCCCCUCGCGACGAAUACUGAGUCCAGAAGAUCACAAGCUCUUCCUCAGCAGCGACACGUGCACGCUCGUCGAAUCCUUCAUCUACAACAUUGCCGACUCUGUACGCGGCCGCAGCAUCUCCAGCAUCAGCGACUCAGAAAAGACGCCCACAAUCACAACCAUCGUAUCCAUCCUACAGUCCGCCGAGGACCUGCUCUCCCAACACCCACCCGAAGAUACCGGCUCCCGCUUCGGCAACCCAAUCUUCCGCACCUACCUCACCGCCGUCGAAGCCGCACUGCCAUCCUGGCAUACCCAACUGGGUCUACAAGACACCCCCCAAGUCGAGGAAAUUUCAACCUACCUCUCUCACUCCCUCGGAAACAAAUCUCGAAUAGACUACGGAUCUGGUCAUGAACUAAACUUCUUCCUCUGGCUGCUCUGUCUCAAUAGACUCGGCAUGCUACCCACCUCUACCUUCCCCGCGCUCGCGCUUAUCGUCCUGCCCGCUUACCUCAACCUCAUGCGCCGCAUCCAAUCAACAUACUACCUCGAGCCCGCCGGCUCCCACGGCGUCUGGGGUCUCGACGACUAUCAAUUCCUACCCUUCCUGUUCGGGGCCGCACAACUGCUAGGACAUGCGUACAUAACACCGAAGAGCAUACACAAUGCGCUUGUAUUAGAGGAGGAGGGGAAAGAGUACUUGUACCUUGAUCAGAUUGCUUUUGUGAAUAGUGUCAAGAAUGUCGAGGGGCUGAGGUGGCAUAGUCCCAUGUUGGAUGAUAUCAGUGCGGCGAGGGGGUGGGGCAAGAUUGAGGGCGGCAUGCGGAAGAUGUUUCGCAAGGAGAUUUUGGAGAAGUUGCCGGUUAUGCAACAUUUUCUAUUUGGGAGCUUGAUUCCUGCGGUGGAGGGCAUGAGUAAAGAGGAAGAGGUAGGGCAAGAUGGGAAGGGCGAGGGCGAAGAGGAGGGUGUGGUUAGUGUGUUUGAUGAUGAGACGGGGAAGAGGCAUGUGCAUGCGAGUGUGGGCUGGGGCGAUUGCUGUGGAAUCAGAGUUCCAGCGGCUGUUGGGGCCGAGGGGGAGGCCAGGAAAGGGGGUGCGAGGGGUUUGAGGAGGGUACCGUUCGACUAA